CCGGCGCUGUCACCCCACUGCCAGGCCCUGCCUGUCACCUCUGCCGCCGCCGCCAUGGUGCCGUGCCCGCGGCCGUGGGCCGCGCUGGCGGCCGUGGCCCUCUGCGCGCUGCUGUGCCUGGCGGCCGCGUACCCGCCCCGGCCCGAGAGCCCCGGCGAGGACGCGUCCCCCGAGGAGAUGGCCCGCUACUUCUCGGCCCUUCGCCACUACAUCAACCUGGUCACGCGGCAGAGGUACGGGAGACGCGCCGGCCCCGGCGCCGCGGCGGCGGAGCUGCUCCCGGGCACCGGCGGCGCCGGCUCACGGUUCGAUGACGACUCCUCGUGGUGA